GAAAGUUGAUUGUUUCGGGAUUAUUCUUAAAUAUUCUAAAUGAAAAACUCUAAAUAUUAAAUGGGCACAAAAUUUAUAGAUUUGUCGACAGAUCUUUCUUUCGAUUGGCAUUAAGCCUGCACACGUUUCUUCUUCCUCUCUCUUUCUACUUCUUUCUCUCCUUGUAGUAUUUUCGACGAUGUCAGAAUAUUCACUGUCUCUCAUUCCAACUAAGUUCGAGAUCCUCCGAAGGUGUCGGUAGAUGAACAGAAAGAAAAUAACUCUUGUUAGUUUCGCGUUAGUAUAGUUCAGUUCGACUGCCACGAACAGUCAGUACACAUCACUCGCGAACUUGUUUCUUCUCGCGUUAAAUAUCAUUAUUAAAAGUUAAUAAUCUCGUAAGACCAUUAGUUUGUAUUUGGACACUUAAAAAUUUUUAUAUUAUGCUUGAGUAAUAUAUUUGUGCGUUUUCAAACUCGAUUUAUAAAAAUAUUAUGCGUGAUAUAUCUUGUGAAAGAAAAUUCCUAUCGAUUUUACAUUGAAUCAACAAAAAAAAAAAAAAAAACAGAAUAACAUAACUGAAGAAAGUGAAAAUAACACUGUGAAAGUGAAAGACUGAAUAAUUAUUGACUGAAUUUUUCGAACGUAUCUAUUACCUUCCGAAUAUAAUAUUUAACACGUGUAUAGUAUGUACCAUAACAUUUAGCGGAUGUGUGUUACGUCGUUAAGUAAUAAAGCAAAGUGUAAAACGACCAAUCAUUUAAUCAACUGAAUAGUAGCACGUAAAACGUAGUUUUACGUCACUUAUUUAAAUUAAUUAUUUGUUUUCUAUACAAUAUAACGAGCCACAUCGAAAGAGCGAUCAAUCGUCGCGUAUAAAUGUACAAGUAAAUGUACGAUUCUGUUCACUAAAAUAUUGUGUUCCAAUCUAUACCGCCAAAUCAAUUUUUUAACGAACGAAAUGUCGAGCAGAGGUGUUACUACAACGGAAAACGAAACCUUUCUUGGAAUUCGUCUACCGUCAAUCUUCCUGGUCGAUACCGAAGAAGGUAGCGAAAGUCCGGUCUAUGGCCUCGAAGGUGGUGGAACAAGUGGUGGUACUUCCUUGAGACUUGCUCCACAAGAGUUACCAAAUGAAAUCUCAGCGCCUUACGAAGUACCACAAUUCCCGAUCGAGCAGAUCGAGAAGAAGCUCCUCAUUCAAAGACAGCUCACCGUCAAAGCCGCAAAGGAUCUCGAAGAGCGACGCAGUCAUUAUGAACCGUCGAUUGGACCUGGAGUACCCGACUACAUCGAUGAUCCCUCGUUUAAUUUCGAGGAAAAUGAUUUCGUGCCACAUUUUCAACGAGUUUCGAUAUCCGGAGAAGAUACAUCAGGGGUACCUUUGGAAGACCUUCAACAGGCAUCGCAGAUGCUCGUUCAAGCCUUGGUGAUACGAGAAAAGUAUAUGAAUAAUUCUAAACAAAGUUUUCCUUCCAUUACGACCAAAUUUUUACGUAGCAUCGACAAAAGACCUGUUACUUCGAAUGAUGAAGUUCAACAUGAUGAUCGCAAAGCUAUCGCAGAUCAUCCGGUACACGCACCUGCAUCCCGUGGAGAUCCUUGGGAAUGUAAAUUCCCACCAACAAAAAAUUAUACAAUUUUACCCAUAAACGGCGUUUUUAAUGUUUUCGCCAAUGAAGAGGACGCGAAGAAUGGAGAACCACUUCCAUAUUCCUACCCAGAUUUAGCAGCUUUUGUUAGGGACAUGAAUCUUCUUUGCACCAUGAUCGCCGACGGUCCUUUAAAAUCUUUCUGCUAUAGAAGAUUGAGUUAUCUCUCAUCCAAGUACCAAUUGCACGUUUUGUUGAAUGAACUUAGAGAGUUAGCUAGUCAGAAAGCUGUUCCACACAGAGACUUUUAUAAUAUCAGAAAGGUCGAUACACAUAUUCAUGCAGCUUCCUGUAUGAAUCAAAAGCAUCUUCUUAGAUUUAUAAAGAAAACAUUAAAAAAUCAUGCGGAUGAAAUUGUUACGUGUUCGAAAAAUGGUGAAACUAUGACACUGAGUGAAGUAUUCCAAUCAAUGAAUUUAACAACAUACGAUUUAAGCGUAGAUAUGCUAGACGUACAUGCUGAUAGAAAUACAUUUCAUAGGUUCGAUAAAUUCAAUGCUAAAUAUAAUCCUAUUGGUGAAAGCAGACUGCGCGAAGUUUUUCUUAAAACUGAUAAUUAUCUUAAUGGUAAAUUUUUCGCAAGUAUAAUUAAGGAAGUAGCAAGCGAUCUUGAAGAAUCGAAAUAUCAAAAUGCAGAAUUACGAUUGUCCAUUUAUGGAAAAAAUCCUGAAGAGUGGGAUAAGCUAGCUAAAUGGGCGAUACAGAGCGAUGUUUAUUCGGACAAUGUUCGCUGGCUCAUUCAAAUUCCAAGACUUUAUGACAUCUUCAAGCUAAAUAAGCUUAUGACCAACUUCCAAGAGAUUUUGAAUAAUAUCUUUUUACCUCUUUUUGAAGUAACUAAUGAUCCACAUUCACAUCCUGAAUUACAUAAGUUUCUACAAUAUGUGAUAGGAUUUGAUUCUGUAGAUGAUGAAAGUAAGCCUGAAAAUCCAUUAUUUGACAAAGAUGUUUCCCCUCCAGAAGAAUGGGAUGAUAUUGAAAAUCCACCAUAUGCUUAUUACCAGUAUUAUACCUAUGCAAACAUGACAGUGUUGAAUCACUUUAGAGCAGAGCAAGGUUUAAAUACUUUUGUUCUUCGCCCUCAUUGUGGAGAAGCUGGACCAAUUCAGCAUCUUGUUUGUGGUUAUAUGAUGGCAGAAAAUAUUUCUCAUGGCCUUUUACUAAGAAAAGUUCCCGUACUCCAGUAUUUGUAUUAUUUGGCACAAAUUGGCAUUGCCAUGUCUCCUUUAAGUAACAAUUCUCUUUUUUUGAAUUAUCAUCGUAAUCCUCUUCCAGAAUACCUUGCAAGAGGAUUGUGUGUAAGUCUUUCAACAGAUGAUCCUCUACAAUUCCAUUUCACGAAAGAGCCUUUAAUGGAGGAAUAUAGUAUUGCAGCACAAGUAUGGAAGCUCAGUUCAUGUGAUAUGUGUGAAUUAGCUCGUAAUUCAGUUCUUAUGAGUGGUUUCCCACACAAGAGUAAACAAUAUUGGCUUGGCCCAAAUUAUACAAAAGAAGGUGUUGCUGGUAAUGAUAUUACUAGGACCAAUGUACCGGAUAUACGAGUGGCUUAUAGAUAUGAAACUCUGGUUGAUGAAUUAUGUAAUAUUUGUAAAGUUGUAGAAAAACCAGAGUCUAUACUAUUUUAACUUUGGUUAACUUUGCAAAAUGUGUUAGAACAGUACAACAUUUUUCCUGCAAUGAAUUAUUUCAAAUAUGGACAAAAUUAUAAUGGAACAGGUAAGUUUGUGAUUCUUAUAAUAGAAUUAAUUAUUUUGAUUCAUUCAGCAUUUGUGUAUGAUAUAUUUUAUAGGCAGACUAUCUUCUAUCUAAAUUAAUAUAAAACAAUAUUUCUGGUUAUUAUAUUUCUUAAUCCAAACAAAAAAAAAUUCAACUGUAUUAUAUUAUAAUAUUUCUCAAAGUAUUUGUUAAACUGAAUCUGACAAUACCUUUUAUAUACCUUUUGGUAUCAAAUAUUAUAUUUUUAUUUAUGACGCAUAUUUUCAUUGUUAUGUAUAAGUAAACAAACUAAUUAUAAUGAUCUUAUAUAGAAA